UGUUCCACACACAUACACUUCUCAAUUAAGAAAAUGAAGAACUCUUUACCAAGUUACAAACUUGUGCUUCUAUUGGCAUUUUCUUUGUUUCUAUUAGUUAACACGGAGCUGGGUUUUCUUUCACCUGCGAGAGCCCUAGACAACAACACCAAGGUUUAUAUAGUUUAUCUUGGAGAAAGAGAAAAUGAUGAUCCCGAACUUGUUACAGCCUCUCAUCAUCAAAUGCUUGAAUCAUUUCUUGAUAGCAAAGAAGACGCACAUAAAUCGAUGAUCUACAGCUAUCAACAUGGAUUUUCCGGUUUCGCAGCACUUCUUACUUCUUCCCAAGCAAACAAAAUAUCAGACCAUCCUGAAGUAAUCCAUGUUAUACCAAACCGGAUUCUGAAACUGCAAACAACAAGAACUUGGGAUCUCCUUGACCUCUCUCAAAUUCCAACUUCUUUUUCUUCCUCAACAACAUCUGUAAAAGGUCUUCUUCAUGACACCAACAUGGGCAGUGAAGCUAUCAUCGGCGUCAUAGAUACCGGAAUAUGGCCAGAGUCAAAGGUAUUCAACGAUCAAGGCCUUGGACCAAUACCUAAGCGCUGGAGAGGAAAAUGUGAACCAGGAGAAAAGUUUAACGCCACAAUUCAUUGCAACAAAAAGCUAAUAGGAGCUAAGUACUACGUAAACGGCCUACUAGCCGAAAUGGGAGAAACAUUCAAAACAACAACAGUCAGAGAAUUCAAAUCCAACAGGGAUGCACUCGGUCACGGCACGCAUACAGCCACAAUAGCAGGUGGCUCAUUGGUUCCCAACGUGAGCUUCUAUGGUCUAGCACGAGGCACGGUCCGAGGUGGCGCUCCUCGGGCACGCAUAGCCUCUUACAAGGUAUGUUGGAACACAAUGCAAAAAGACGGAACAGGACCCGGUGGAAGCUGCUCAACUGCUGAUAUGUGGAAGGCUUUUGAUGAUGCUAUACACGAUGGGGUUGAUGUUUUGUCUGUUUCUAUUUCCGGGGACCUUCCAGAGGACACCGAGGUGGAUAAGCCUGAUUUUGUCGGGGCCUUUCAUGCAGUAUCUAAAGGGAUUCCGGUUGUGGCUGCGGCUAGUAAUGAAGGGCCUAAGGCUCAGACUGUUGCUAAUGCUGCUCCUUGGCUCUUGACCGUUGCUGCAACCACUCUUGACCGGUCUUUUCCUACAAAGAUCACACUUGGCAAUAAACAAACUCUCUUCGGUGAGUCUCUGUUCACUGGACCGGAGAUUUCAACCGGUUUAGCUUAUUGGGAUUCAGAGAGUGGUAAUAACGCUGAUGUCAAGGGGAAAAUAGUUCUUGUUUUCGAUACUACUAGUACCUAUCCAGUUGAAACGAAAGGUGUAGCAGGAGUCAUAUAUGCCCAACAUCCCGAUGACAUUGUUGAUCGAUGCCAUGCUUUUCCUUGCAUUUACACUGAUUACGACCUUGGGACCGACAUUUUGCAAUACAUACGUACCACCAGGUCCUUUAUCUUGAAGCAAAUAAACUAUGUUCAUAACGUUUUGACCAAAAAAAAAAAAACUAUGUUCAUAAAGUUAAGUUUUCUUAUGAUCCCCACGUCGAAUCACAGGUCGCCCACAGCGAGAAUCAGCGCAGCUACGACACUAACCGGUCUGCCAGCAACAACAAAGGUUGCUGAAUUCUCAUCUAGAGGGCCUAACUCGGUUUCACCAGCCAUUCUCAAGCCUGAUAUAGCAGCUCCUGGUGUGAGCAUACUCGCUGCAUUAAGUCCGUCUGAUCCUAACGGACACGAUGGAUUUGGACUCGACUCAGGAACAUCGAUGGUAACUCCUGUUGUUUCUGGUAUCAUAGCUCUCCUAAAGUCUCUACACCCUGAUUGGUCUCCUGCUGCAUUUAGAUCAGCUUUGGUCACAACAGCUUGGAGGACAAGUCCAUCUGGAGAACCCAUUUUUGCUGAAGGAUCAAACAAGAAGCUCGCAGAUCCAUUUGACUAUGGAGGAGGUCUUGUAAACCCUCAAAGAGCUGCAGACCCUGGACUUGUAUACGAUAUGGGGAUUGAAGAUUACAUCAACUACAUGUGUUCCAAAGGUUACAACGACUCCUCAAUCUCUCGUGUGCUCGGUAAAAAGACUAAGUGUCCAACCCCCAAGCCAUCAAUUCUUGAUAUGAACUUACCUUCAAUCACAAUUCCAAAUAUUGAGAAAGAAGUCACACUCACAAGAAGCGUGACCAACGUUGGACCCAUCAAGUCAGUCUACAAAGCUGUGAUUGAGUCUCCUCUCGGUAUAACUCUCACCGUCAACCCGACCACACUCGUGUUUAGCUCCGAAGAUAAGAAGGUGCUCUCUUUCACGGUGAAGGCUAAAACGAGUCAUAAAGUCAACACUGGUUACUUCUUUGGAAGCUUGACAUGGACUGAUGGUGUUCAUGAUGUUAAGAUCCCUGUCUCUGUUCAGACAAGGAUCAUGAUCAAGUUUUAACCAAAAAAAUAAUUAAAACUACAAUAAACAAUGUCAGAUGAAUUCCAUAUAUUCGAAAAAGCCAUAUGAUGCUCAUGCAUCCAAUCAAAAUCAUAAUAAUAAAGAGUUAAAUUACAAAAAAAAAAAAUCAUACACUCUCAUACAACAAAGUAACAAACACACAAACUGAGAAAACCG